CUCUCUCUCUCUCUUCCCUUAGACCUUUCUCUCUCAAAUGCUUAAAUCGGAAAGCUCGAGAGAAAUCUAUGGCCAUUUAAAGGGGUGUAAUAGAUGUAGGGUUUCAUAUGUUCUUGUCAUUUUAGUAUUUUCCUCUUCUAAUUUUGGCAAAAUGCAGACAUCUUCGUCUCCCUAAGUUUCUCCAUUUUUAGAAAUAUUAGCCUGCCUUGCACUCUAUAUAUAGCCCUUGUAGUUCUGGAUUGUGGAUUCAUCCAUUUGUAUCCCGGUUUAUUCUCUGUGCUCCCUUUGAAUUUCUCCAAGAUUUUUGUUUGGGUUUUCUUUAUUCUGCUGGAUUAGUGGCAGUGAUAUUUUUUUUUUCCGGGAUGGUUCGGGAGAAGAUUCAGAUCAAGAAAAUCGACAACGCCACGGCGAGGCAGGUGACAUUCUCCAAGAGGAGAAAAGGGCUUUUUAAGAAAGCUGAGGAGCUAUCUGUGCUGUGUGAUGCUGAUGUUGCCCUCAUCAUUUUCUCUUCCACUGGGAAGCUCUUUGACUAUGCUAGCUCCAGCAUGAAGGGAAUACUUGAAAGACGGAAUCUGCACUCGAAGAACCUGGAAAAAAUGGACCAACCAUCUCUUGAAUUGCAGCUAGUGGAGAACGCCAACCAUUCCAGAUUAAGCAAGGAAAUUGCAGAUAUGACCCAUCGUCUUAGGCAGAUGCGGGGAGAGGAUCUUCAAGGAAUGAGCAUUGAGGAGUUGCAGCAACUGGAGAGAUCCCUCGAAACAGGACUGAGCCGUGUUAUAGAGAAAAAGGGCGAGAAGAUUAUGAAGGAGAUCAAUGAACUUCAACAAAAGGGAAUGAAUCUAAUGGAAGAGAACGAGCGAUUAACACAGCAGGUGAUGGCAAUAUCAAAUGGUCAGAGAGUCACACCAGUCAUUAAUUCAGACAAUAUGUUGAACGAAGAAGGCCUGUCCUCCGAGUCUAUUACUAAUGUCUGCAACUCGACCAGUCCUCCACAAGACUACGAUGACAGCUCCGACACCUCCCUCAAGUUGGGGUUGCCCUACUGAGGCUGAGAACCAAGAAGAGAAGCCAUGGGAGCCUCUCUACCAUAUGUAAGCUAGAUAAAUAUAACUGUAAUUAACUACUAAUAUAUGUGGGACUGUUAAAUUGCAAUGGACAGCUUCAAUGUUUUCCCCCUCUAGUAGGUCUGUGUUAUCAUCUUCCAUACAUGACAUUUGCUGAUUAUCAGUAGUGACAAUUUGAAUGGUUUACAUUUCAAUGGCUUAUGUUGAAUUUUAACUCGCUUUUAGAGCACAUCAAAUACAAGUCAAGAGUUGAUCAA